ACCUAAUCUAUUUGUAUAUAUAUGACCGCACAUUGUGUCAAGUUCACUAGUAACGGAAACAAUGUUCUCUACGACACUUGGUGGUGCUAUUUUGGUGCUUCAAAUAGGUUACCUGUUAGGAGACCCAAUCGUCCAGCUUCCAAAUGGCCAGAUAAGUGGAUUUCAGACCACAACCCUAGAAAACAAAACGGUGUACGGUUUUCUGGGAAUACCAUACGCUGCCCCACCAAUCGGAGAACUUCGUUUUAAAGCACCUCAACCAGCUGCGGACUGGGAUGGCGUUCUAGAGACGAAAAAGUAUUCUAAAACGUGUUUCCAGAUAUCUAGGAACAAUGACAACGAAUCUGAAGACUGUCUUUAUAUUAACGUAUUUACUCCGGAACUACCAAGUGAAGACAAUGAUGUUUCCUUGCCGGUGAUGCUAUACAUACAUGGUGGAGGUUUCGGCGGCGGUAAUGGCGGUAUAUAUCCUGAUCUUUUCAUCAAUAACGGAGUUGUAAUAGCCUCCAUUAACUACAGACUGGGGAUUUUUGGUUUUAUUUCAACACAGGAUGAAGUAAUUCCCGGCAAUUUUGGCCUUAAAGAUCAACGAUUUGCUAUCCAGUGGGUUCACGAGAAUAUACAUCUCUUUGGGGGCAAUCCUGAUAUGGUUACUAUUUUCGGUCAAAGUGCAGGCUCGGCCUCAUGUGCCUAUCAGCUCCUUAACCAGGACUCAAAUGGACUAUUUCAGGCAGCUAUUUUGGAAAGUGGCAGUUCAUUGAGCCCAUGGGCUUUCCAAAGGAGAUCCAAAGCAAUUGCUUUCAAAACCGCUUCCUUUUUGGAACCUAGUUUUGAAAACAGUACCGAUUCGCAAGCUUUGUUAGAUUACCUGCUUACACUAGAUGCUAGAGAUAUAGACAGUGCUGCCGAACAAUACCACAAUUAUGAAUAUGGACCUGAAGAUAUCGAGAUCUCGCAAGGUUUCUACUGGGCGCCAGUCGUUGAAGUGAAAAAUCCAGACGCUUUUCUUACAAGGAAAAUGUAUGGGUUGAUACAAGCAGGGAACGUUGUCCGAGUACCCAUCCUUAUUGGAUUUACGUCUGAAGAAGGCUUGGCUUUUAAUGGGGACGCAAACGCAUUGCUCUAUACAAUGUCAGCUUACGAUGAAAAUCUAGCUUGGAUUGUACCUAACGAUAUGGCGAUUUUUGACGAAACGCAACGCACUGAAAUGGGUGGGUUGAUUCGCGAUUUGUACACUGGUGGCGAACCAUUGGCGGAGCAUUUGGGUGAUGGCGUUAGAUAUUCCAGUGAUACGUCUUUCACUAGAUCAAUUAUCAAACACGCCGAAUUGUUUUCUCAAGUGGCAGAAACUUACUUCUAUGUGUUUUCCUAUAGUGGUCAGAUAGGUGGUAACUACGCACAUUACGAUGGAGCUGAAAGCGUAGGUCAUAAUGCAGAAAUACCUUACUUGUUCUGUACUGGUAAUGGGUGCGAUGGUAGCCAGUACCCAGAAGCCGACGUAGUUACAAGACAACGUCUUAUUAAAAUUUGGACGGACUUCGCCAAAUAUCGAAACCCAACCCCAGAACCGUCAGAGUUACUACAGAAUAUUACAUGGCCUCUGGUGUCCGCAGAUGGUAGCGAUUUUUACUAUCUAGACAUUGACGAAAAUCUGGAAAUCAAAAAUCAUCCCAAAGAAGAUACUUACAGUAGAUGGACUGAACUAUACGAUAGCUUGGAUUACAAUGAUUUUGACACCUAUUAAAAAAUGUGAUUUGGCCUUUUUUGUUUGAUACAGUUUAAAUAAACUAGAGCAUUUU